AUGCCUCCUAUACGACGGAGCAAUCUAGGUAGAAUAACCCGAAAUGCUACCAACCAAGCUAAUUACCGAUCUAACCAAAGUCCUCAAGAACGUGACGACCGAAAUGAACGUGAAAGAAUUUGGAUAUCACAAACGCGUGAAGCGCGAACUCGAAAUUCAACUAAUAAUCGCGCAAGUUUGAAUCGAGCUGCUUUCAGUUACGAUGUGUCAAUUGACUACACCAAUGGAUUGUGUUGCGCAAAUGGUAAAGUGAAAUUGAUACCAUUGGAUCCACCACCAGAACCAUUGUACUCAUUGGUUUCAGGAAUAGGAACAGAUUCUAUACACUUUUUGACAAAUAUCCAACAAUAUAACAAUUUCUUUCAAAUGACUUCAUUUGGGGCAACAAAUGUAGUUCGGGAAAAUUUUAUGCCAACUUUCAAGAUACAAGGGCAAAUAUAUCACAGAGCAGGUUCACUGUUACCAGUGUCAGAUAGCGACAACAAAUUCCUGCAAAUUUAUUUUAUGGGCAAUUCACCACAAGAAAUUGAUCUGCGUUGUGCACAUAACAAUUUAGUAAAGAGGUCUAUUGUAGAACAAUUACAAACUUUAUUUCAUCAACACAAUCAAUUGAUUAUAUUGUUUAAAACUGCCCUGGAUCUGAUGCCAUCCGAUAAUCACAAAAUUGUAAUCAGAGCUGAUAAAACACCUGCAGGUCAACAUACAAGACGUUUUAAUGCACCAACUAUUGAUGAAGUUGCUAUCGUUGUAGUUGGAGAAAACUUGGAAUCCCGUGAUAUUGUUUUACGUCGUCGGAAUGAUCAAUUACAACGUAUAAAGGAAACACACCGCUCAUAUGAUGCACUGCAAUAUCCCAUUAUAUUUUGGCAAGGUGAAGAUGGCUACGAUUUCUCAAUAAAAAUGAUAAAUCCCAUUGCAGGUUCUGAAACCAACAAAAAAGUCAGUUCAAUGAACUAUUAUUCAUACCGCCUAAUGAUUCGGGAAAAUGAAGAUAAUCACAUAUUGAAAUGUCGGCGAUUAUAUCACAAAUAUGUUGUUGACAUGUAUGUUAAAAUUGAAACGGAGAGAUUAACAUUCAUCAGGUUGAAUCAAACCAAACUCCGAUCUGAAGAGUAUAUUCACCUUCGAGAUGCGAUUAAUACUGAUGGAAAUGCACAGAAUGUCGGUCGGAUGACUAUUCUUCCAGCAACAUACAUCGGAAGCCCUCGGCAUAUGCACGAAUAUGCUCAAGAUGCCAUGUCGUAUGUUCGUCAUUAUGGUACAGCAGAUUUGUUCAUCACAUUUACAUGCAAUCCGCAAUGGAUAGAAAUCAAUCAGGAGUUAUUCUCUGGGCAAUCACCCAUUGAUCGUCAUGAUAUUACAGCCAGAGUCUUUAGACAAAAGUUGAAAUCUUUAAUGGAUUUCAUCGUAAAACAUAAUGUGUUUGGUGAGACACGCUGCUGGAUGUAUUCUGUGGAGUGGCAGAAACGAGGAUUGCCACAUGCACACAUUUUGAUUUGGUUGGUUGAAAAUAUAAGGCCAAAUGAAGUUGAUGCAGUGAUAUCAGCUGAAAUCCCUAAUGUACAAGUAGAUCCUGGAUUGCAUGAGGUAGUUAUCAAAAAAUGA